AUGAAUCGAACAGGGUAUAAGUCGCUGGAGCCCAACAAUCCAGACGAGAACUCGAUCAAAUCGGACGAUGAAUUCCACAACGACCACGACAAGUUUCCCGGAGCAAGAGCCGACGUCGCCGACACGCCCCUAUCGAGCGAUGACGAAUAUUCAGUCGAAGACGAAGCCAACCUGAAGCUCCUACCACUAAAAUCGAAAGACGCAUCAACAUCCCAUCAUUCUCGACGCACUACACGAGAUAGAAGGAUAUCUACAAGCUCGGAUGAUGAGGCUGCGGCCAAUGACGAUCCCCAUAACGUCGGCGAGCGGAUCGAGCAGCUCUUGCAAAAAGACCAACGAGAGCGGACUCUCUUAUCGGAGUCCUUCAACUUGGAUCUAGAAGAUGGGGAAUCCCUGCUCGCUUUGAGUGAUGACGACAGUGAUCUAUAUGGGGUUGCGGCAAACAAGCGCCCCUACACCGACGAUGAGAAUAAUGCUAGAAGAGCCAAUUUUCGAUUCAAGAUUCAGGCGGUCGUUCACCAACGGCCUUGGUGGCAGAUAUGUGCUUUCCUUGCGAUUGGACUUGUGGUGAUGUGGCUCUCGGCAAUGGGACUGAGACGGUCGUGGAAUAAGAAAGUGGUUGCGGAAUUUGAAUCUGUACCUUGGUAUCCUACGCCACUAGGUGGUACGAAUGCUGCGUGGCAAGAAAGUUACAGCAAAGCCCAUGAGCUUGUGAAGGAGAUGACUUUAUUAGAGAAAGUCAAUGUCACGACGGGCACGGGCUGGAUGAUGGGGCUUUGUGUUGGAAACACUGGUCCUGCAGCGCGUGUCAACUUCCCCUCACUUUGCUUACAAGAUGGUCCCCUGGGUCUCCGUUACGCGGAUAAUAUCACUGCGUUCCCUGCUGGUAUCACAACCGGUGCUACAUGGAAUCGCGAGCUUAUGCGAGCCAGGGGUAUUGCGCUUGGCCGGGAAGCGCGUUUGAAAGGAGUGAAUGUUCUCCUUGGUCCUUCCAUGGGAGCAAUGGGAAUGAACCCUGCCGGUGGUCGGAAUUGGGAGUCGUUUGGAUCGGAUCCAGUGCUGCAAGCUGUAGCUGCAGCGGAGACCAUCCGGGGUAUUCAACGAAACGGUGUGAUGGCAACAGCUAAGCACUUUGUGCUUAAUGAACAAGAGCACUUCCGUCAGGCUUUUGAGUGGGGCAUCCCGACCGCGUUGUCGUCAAAUAUCGACGAUCGGGCGCUGCAUGAAGUCUUCGUUUGGCCGUUCGCUGAGAGUGUUCGGGCAGAUGUGGCAAGUGUCAUGUGUGCCUACCAGAUGGUGAAUAACAGCUAUGCUUGUGAGAACAGCAAGCUCCUGAAUGGUAUUCUCAAGGAGGAGCUUGGAUUCCAAGGGUUUGUUCAAUCCGAUUGGCUUGCUCAGCGGUCAGGGGUUCAAAGCGCUUUGAGUGGUCUUGACAUGAGUAUGCCUGGAGAUGGUCUAAAAUGGCAAGAUGGGGAUUCACUCUGGGGCCCUCAUUUGACUCGUGCAGCACUGAAUACCUCCGUUCCUAUGGACCGGCUCAAUGAUAUGGUCACUCGUAUUGUGGCGGCUUAUUACCACUUCCGCCAAGAUACGUGGGAUGGCGCUGCGACGCAGAGCAAAAUUGGUCCGAACUUCUCGUCCUGGACUCAUGACAGGAAUGGCAGCCUUCAUCCUGGUAGUCCGGAUGAUCACACCAAUGAGGUGGUGAACUACUAUAUCGACGCACAAGGAAAAGGCUCCCAGACACACGGGAACUUAACCCGCAAGAUAGCAGCAGAGGGGACUGUUUUGUUGAAAAACGUCGAAGGCAUCCUUCCACUUUCACGUACCAUAUCUCGCCCCUCUGGAAAGUACCGCAUUGGUAUCUACGGGGAGGAUGCAGGCCCUGGACAAGGUCCAAAUUUCUGCGCUGACCGAGGCUGCAACCAGGGAACCCUGGCGUCCGGCUGGGGAAGUGGCGCGGUGGACUUCCCGUAUCUUGUCAAUCCCUGGGAUGCUCUUCAGUCUGCUUGGUCAUCUGAGACAGUUGAUGUCCGAGGCUACUUGAACAACAAUGUGGCGGUGCAGGAUCUAGUUGAACAAGACCUCUGCCUUGUGUUUGCCAACGCCGACGGAGGCGAAGGUUUCAUCAAGAAUGAUGGCAUCAAUGGAGACCGGAAUGAUCUUUUCCUGCAGCGAAAUGGCACCGGCCUGAUCGAGGGCGUGGCCCAUCAUUGCGGUAAUGGCCAUGGCAAAACCAUCGUGGUGGUGCACUCUAUUGGACCUGUUAUUUUAGACCCCUGGAUUGAUCUCACUGGCGUUCACGCGGUUCUAUAUGGUAAUCUUCCUGGACAAGAAAGCGGGAAUGCCUUGGUCGAUGUUCUUUUCGGCGACGUCGAUGCUAGUGGACGAUUACCGUAUACCAUCGGCCGCUCUUUAGAAGAUUACGGGCCGGGCGCACAGAUCCUGUACGAGUCUGGUGAACCUAUACCGCAGGUGUUCCUGACCCAGGGCCUCUAUCUUGACUACCGGUACUUUGACAAGUUCAACAUCACCCCCCAUUUUGAGUUCGGUUUUGGGCUUUCCUACACUACCUUCAAGUUCGCAUCGCUGCAGAUUGAGAAGCUACAGGACAAGUCACGACUCCCUGCAAAGCGUCCCAAAGACCAGCUUGACCCUCCAAAAUAUGAGAAUGUGCCCGAAAAUCCUUCUUCAGCGCUCUUCCCCUCGGAAUUUAAUAUUCUUGGAAAAUACAUCUACCCCUACCUGAAGUCACGCGAAGGAACCAAAGCCGGCUCUUACCCAUACCCAGAUGGAUAUACAGAGAGCCAAAAAGCAUCCGCCGCAGGAGGUGGCCCGGGUGGAAACCCCUCUCUCUACGAACCCAUGCUAGAGCUCACCGUCGAGCUCACAAACACCGGCUCAAGGUCCGGCCAAGAGGUCAUACAAAUUUAUGUGUCCUUUCCCACUGAUGUGGUCGAAUCCCGCGGGUUAGGCAGAACUCCUGAACGAAUUGAAUUCCCCGACCGGGUGCUCCGAAAUUUUGCAAAGGUGUCGCUUGACCCCAACGAGACCAAGUUUGUCAAUAUGACAUUGACGCGGAAAGAUCUGAGCUAUUGGAGCGUCCGAGAACAGAACUGGGUACUUCCAACGGAAGGCUCGUUCCGUAUCUGGGCUGGAAGAAGCUCUCGGGAUCUACCGUUGGUGGCUGAAUUUUAG